UAUUUACAAGGUGACAAGUGAAAUCGGUAAAAAUAAUUUUUAAUUGUUAUUAUUUAGAAGGGUAUUUUGUUAAAAGGCUAAAAUGUCUUUCUUUGGAGUAGGAAAUCCAUUUGCCACACCAGUUGGUCAAAAAAUUGAACAAGCUACAGAUGGAUCCCUUCCUUCAGAAAAUUGGGCCCUUAAUAUGGAAAUAUGUGAUAUUAUAAACACUAGUGCAGAUGGACCUAAAGAUGCCAUAAAGGCAAUUAGAAAAAGACUGACCCAAAGUGCUGGGAAGAACUACACAAUUGUUAUGUACAGUUUAACUGUACUUGAGAGCUGUGUUAAGAAUUGUGGAAGACCUUUCCAUGUUCUUGUGUGUAAUAAGGAGUUUAUAUCUGAGUUGGUAAAAUUAAUUGGUCCGAAAAAUGACCCGCCCACUGUUGUGCAAGAAAAGGUUUUGAGUCUUAUACAGUGCUGGGCGGAUGCUUUUCAAAAUCAACCGGAGUUGCAGGGAGUAGUACAAGUGUACAACGAAUUACGGACCAAGGGUGUCGAAUUUCCUAUGACCGAUUUGGACGCUAUGGCACCUAUAUUUACACCGCAACGGAGUGUUCCUGACGGCGGCGAACCGAUGGCUAGCUCUCCUCAGCGUAACGUCUUGGCGCCGAGUUCUCCCAUUCGGAUGCCGCUUGAAAAUAGUACUGGCACGGUGACCCUAUCAGAGAGUCAGACAAGCAAGCUACGGGCCGACCUAGCCGUGGUUGAGGGCAACAUGACAGUUAUGAAUGACAUGUUGAACGAACUGACAGCACAGCCGUAUACGCAGCAUCACGAAUCUGACAUACAAUUGCUUGAUGAGUUGGCAGACACACUCCGUGCGAUGCAAAGUCGUGUGGCUGAAUUGGUUGGGCGUGUAUCAGACGAGUGUCCUUUGACAGCCCAACUAUUGCUAACUAACGAUCAGUUACACAACUUACUCCUGAGACACUCUCGCCUAACCAGCAACCGAAACGCAGCUACCGGCGUUGCCACGCCAUCGGCCAUUCUCGGUGCCGCCAUGGGAGUUCCCGGGACUGUAUCACCCCCCAAGAAAGAGGAGGACGCACUUAUCGAUCUAAGUGACGAUGUUCCUGAUAUUGCUAAAUUAAGUGUGACAGACGCGCCGAAUGAGAAGUCUCCAAGCGGCUCCAAGGACGAGUUUGACAUGUUCGCUCAGUCUCGAAAUGUCACAUAUGAAUCUUCCAAAACUGGCGGAAGCAGUUACGCGGACAACUUAGAGGAGCAGACGACAGCUGGAUUAGCAGCGGCCGCUAGCACACGAGCGACCCAACAACCCUUGCCAUCGGGAAUGGAUCAGAGGGAAAUAGAUGAGAUAUCUGCUUGGUUAGAACAAGAAAAGGCUGCCGCAGAAGCCAAUGCUGGACAAGAAAGUGUAACGAGCAGUGACUUCGAGAAGUUUCUAGCAGAGAGAGCUGCCGCAGCAGACAGCCUCCCUGAUGCCAAUAAUACAAACAAUACGCCGAGGCACCGACAAAUCAACAAGGAUCAAGAUUCAAUGUUCGCUCUAUAACAAUCCGGAUCGAAGGACCAGGUCUGUGACGUCACUCCCACCAUGAUUAGACCUUUACGCCUCUAAGGCGAAAAUCGUUGUAAUAUGUCUUAUGUUUAUUGAAAAUUAUGAAUUUUAAAAGUUGCUAAUCAUUUAAAGGGUAAUUCGGACUGAGCUCUAUCAUAAGCACUCAUAUAUGUUUAACUUAAUAAGUUUUACGCGUUUUGUGCUCAGUCCGGUUCCUGUAUAACGGGGCGUUUGUUGCCAUGGCAACGGGUAUGCUGUGGUUUUAUGAAUUUAAAUAGGUCGGAGUGUCGUUGAACUCUUAUUGUAUAUGUACCGGAAUAUGCACCUUAUUUAUUAAGAUUAAUUUUAAGAGAGCCUCCAUUUUUAUUAUGAAAACAUUCACAUGAAAAUAUCCAGUCUCCUUUGGAACCAGCUACUUUGGAUUCAGAAAUUCGACUUAGCGUUGAGUUUGGUCAAAAAUGUAUAUGGUAGUCAGUUCGUUAAAUCUAGUUUCUGAAUCUUACCCGCAUUUAUUUUAUAGCGCGAGUCUAUAGCUCUCAUAAUAUAUCUCAUAUAAUUAAAGAAAAUCUCUACUGUACAAAAUAAAAAAACUGGAUAUUUAAAUUUUUCUGCUUUUAACUUAUUUAUUGCAUAAAUAUAUGAUAAAAAAUUAAUCAAGUUAGUUAUAUUAUUAUUAUUUUUAACAUUUGUGUAAUAACACGAAAAACUUCGAACCUUCCGCCAUGUUUCCUAAAAUGUGUACUGAAAUCUAUGCACGAAAUAUUCAAAAACUAAUACAACAUUCUUGAAUUAAUUGAAUGAAAACGUGGGCAGCGCUAUUUGUAACUAAGCCAUGCAAAUUGAAUGGAAAAUCAUUUCAUUCGAACUGUCAAAAGAAACUACGUAUUGACGUAUUCAAAUACGUGACAGAACUAUCAUACGUCUCUGUAAUUUAUGUACACCGGAAAUAGAAUCGCAAUAAAAUACAAGCACUAUGCCUUAAGUGUGGGACCUUUAUACAUGUUCUCAAUGCUAGCAAAGAUUUCUCGUAUAACAUUCGUGUAGUAGAUGUUUUGUUAAGUACACUUGUACUGAAUGUUCAGGGUUGCCAUUACCAAAUUAAAAUACGAGAACUACAUGAAAAAUGCAAAAAUAUUUUAUUUUAGUAGUGGCAAUCCUGUCCCCUUUUGAUCUUCGCACCUAGAAGCUAGAUUAUAUAGCUUCCCGCGUCUCGUAGUAGGUAUAAAUAAGCUUACGAAAUUUCAUACGCAUCUGCUUUAGUACGUACGUGUACACAAAAUGUGAUAUUUAAAUUUUUUAUUUAAUCGUAGCUGACAUUUUUACUAAUGUAUUCAUUUGAUUAUGAAAAUGUUUAAUUUAAAAUAAUUAAAUCAUUUGUUAAAUUAUUAAUUGUACCACCAGAAACAUCAGGCAAUAGAUAAUUGAGGUUGGAACGCAAGCGAGAUUAAAAAAAAUGUUCUUCAUAGAUUUUGCGUGUACGAGAUAAAUUAGUACCUAUAUAAAACCUUAUUUAUCUAUUUAGUGCCUGUUUUAUAAUAAUAAAUAGGUAACAAUUGUAUUCGCCUAAGCCAUUCCAUCUCACUGAUUGUAAUUUGGUGUUAAUGUGAUAAACAUGGAACAAGCUUAAUGUUAAUAAUUUAAAAGAGUUAUUUUGUGUUUUAAUCGUUGUAUUUAAGAUAAUAAAUGAAAUGUGCGAAUUAAA